AUGACGCCACGCCCCGGAAAGGUGGAGGUGCCCAUCGCCGGGGAGGUGAUCAGCAGACGGCCGAAGGGAGCCGCAUCCCGGGCCCACUACAAGGCAACUCACAAAGAUGAGGGAGAGGAUGUUAGCCGGGAUCUGCAGAAGAUCGUGCGGCUGGAUGGCCCUGCAAAGAUCAAUUGGCUUUGCAAGGCACUUCCGCUGCUUAGACGACGGUCAAUGACAGCGGCUCAAUUCCUCGACAUUGUCUGCAAUCAGAGGUUCGCUGCGAACAUAGACGACGUCAUGCCGUGGGGCACGCAGAUGAUCAGCAUGCUGCGGCGCGAACUGGACGACCUCCAGCCGCAGCAGGCUCGCACCUGGAAGCUCAACCUUGGUCGAAUGUGGGAAUCCUUGUAUAGAUCGGUCAUUGCAGAAGCUCGCUCCUGGAAGCUGUUUCUUCCUGUUCAGUGCAUCACCUUCAGCAGAGUGACCUGUGGCGGCGGUUCGCCGACUCUGAUGACGAGGACUCUGCUUGUUGAGCUGUGCACUUGCCUCCAUUCUGACGACACCAGCUGCCGUCUGCGAUCUUGGCCUUUGAACGUAUUGGCUGUGACCGGUGGCGAGAAUGCCAGGUGGUCUGCCGAGUCUGCUGAAGACUGCGUCCCUUGCCGUAUCGAGUCUGUGUCCCCCAUGUCCGAUCGGCUUGCAACAUUUCCCAGCUACCUGCGCGUGACUAUGGGAUGUGGAGCAAGCGCUCCCGUAGCCAGCGUCGGACGUCCCGUGUACUUCAGCGGGCAGCGCUAUGAUGAGAAGCGUCCACAGGCUCGGCGGAACCCGGAGUCCUACAGAACCCGUAUCGUCACCAUGCUUACGGACGAGGGCGACUUCGAAGUGCAGGUGUCCUCGAAGUCCGAGCCAGAGCCAGAGCCCCUGGAGAAAAAGAAGGUUACCUUCGCAUUCGUGUCAGAGGCAGACGACGAGGUGGAGUUUAUGCAGGAGCUGCCGAAGAAGAGAGUGACCUUCUCUGUGUUGGUGGACACUCACUUCUUCAGGGACGAGGAUGCUCCGGCGAGGCCUGUGCAGGUUUCGGUCGCGUGGGGCGAUUCUCCUUUGCCACCGCGAAAGGUUCUGCCACGAGUCCCGAAUCAGCCAGAGACGGAAGAGAUGCAGGAUAUGCAUCCUUUCUCCCAAGGCUUGCGCGAGCUUCCUGUGCUGUGCACAGAAUGCACGGAUGCUUGA